AUAAUUUUUAAAACUUUUUCAACCAAAAUAAACAAUUCUCUUAAUUCUAGUCAGAAGAAAAAAAUACAUAUAUAGCAAAUAUUCCUUCAUUCCACAAUAUUUUAUUAUUCUUUAAAAAAAAAUGUUGUCUUGUCAGUACUCUCUGCAGUAACAUUCCGAUUACGCUUCCCUUCAUCUGCCGUUAACCAAACCCCUCUCCUUCCUUGCUUUGUUCCUUUCCUAGGGUUUUCAGAUUCCUUGCUUCACCUUUGCUUUUCAGCUUCUACUCUUUUUCACCUCAAAGAGCAGUUUUUGAUGGGUUUCAUGUGAUCUUUUGUGGUUCUGGUCAAGUGUUGUGAGGAUCUUUUGGGGGAAGAGGGGUUUGUGGAGGUUGUGAGUCUGUCACAAUGCCUUCUACGGAAAAUCAGAGUCCUUCUUCUUCGUCAUUUUCAUCCUUUGGUCGAUCGUUAUUUGGUAUGAGGCAGGAACAGGUUCAUUCGAUAGAAGCAAGUCAUGAAUCAGAUUCAUGUAAUUUAGAGUUUGGAUCAUUCCAAAAGCGUGUUACAGAUCGUUUUCAUGAACUUUCUGGGGUUAGUGAUGAUGAAUUGCUCUCGAUUGAUUGGAUGCAGAAGCUCCUCACUGAGUUUAUCUGCUGUCAUGAGGAAUUCAGAGUCAUUCUGUUGAAUAAUAAAGACCAGUUAUCGAAACCUCCCUUGGAUCGGGUGACAUCUGAAUUCAUUGAGAGGUCGGUCAAGGCACUUGACAUUUGUAAUGCGAGUCGAGAUGGGAUUGAGAAUAUUCGUAUGUGGCAAAAGCAUCUGGAAAUUGUGAGUUGUGCUUUAGGUUCAAAUAAGAGACCAUUGACUGAAGGGCAGUUUAGGAGGGCGAGAAAGGCGCUGAUGGAUUUAGCAUUGACAAUGAUGAUUGAUGAGAAAGAAUCAGGAUCUGUUUUUUCUCAACGUCAUAGAUCUUUUGGGCGGCAUAACUCGAGCAAGGAUGGACAUUCUUCGUCAGGGCAUUCAAGAUCACAUUCAUGGAGUGUCUCUCGGUCCUGGUCUGCAGCCAAGCAACUACAGUCCAUUGCAAGUAACCUGGUUCCACCCCGUGCGAACGAGAUUGCUGCAAAUAGCAGGCUUUCAGUUUCUGUUUAUACAAUGAAUUGUAUUCUCUUGUUUGUCUUGUGGAUCCUUGUUGCAGCUAUUCCAUGUCAGGAUAGGGGUUUAAACAUUCAUUUUUCAGUCCCCAAGCAAUUUACCUGGAGUGCUCCAGUUACUUCGCUUCACGAACGGAUCCUGGAGGAGUCAAAGAAGCGAGAGCGCCGGAACUCAUGUGGCUUGCUGAAGGAGAUAUAUCAAAUUGAGAUAACCACCCGCCACUUGACGGACCUGGUAGAUUCUGCUCAGUUUCCGUUGUCUGAUGAACAUAAAAUGGAAGUUGAACAGGAUUUGAAGGAGCUGAAACUUGUUUCCGAAGCUUUUAGAGAUGGGCUGGAUCCGUUGGAGCGCCAAGUGAGGGACGUAUUCCGAAAGAUAAUGGUUUCCCGAACUGAAGGGCUUGAUUCCCUUGGCGCGUCAAACUAUACAGGGCAAUGAAAGAUGGUGGGUUGUUGCUGAGCUAUCUGAGGUAAAAAAUUGCGGAACAUGUACAUUUUAAAUAUUAUUAGUAGUUUAUUCGAGAGGAGGAAGAAUAUGAUAGGCGAGCUUUCACAGAUAAAUCAUUUAGCUCAAAUGUAAUGCUUGGUAUUAGUCUCAAUACUUUAUGUAAAAAAAUUGGUCAGGUUACUUAUGAAAUAUUUUGUGGUUUAUUUGCUUAA